CGAUUCGCUGCUAAUCAUCGCAAAAUCAAAGUAAGUGCAUGCAGUGCGUCAGAACCGUCUGCGUUCUAAUGCUAUUCUUCAAACUUCAAAGCAUCGUAAUCAUGGUCAAAUACUAUGGAUAUGCGGUGGCAAAUGAGUGGUUUUACCAGCGAGCCGUUGAGUUGGGUCAUCCGCACCCCACGACGUACAAUGACUCAAUAGAUACCAUCAUCCUGGCCUCGAGAGAUGUUAGGACAGAGACGGGCGUUUACACCUACACCAAAUUCCGUCAAGUGAAAACUCUCAAGGGGAAACUCUUCUGGUGCAUCGCCUUCGCUGCGACCGAUCCUUGGGAAGGCUUGCCAACCAGCGCGCCCCCCGAGGAAAGAUACAAACCUUUGAAGGAAGCACUGCAGAGGGAGGGCCCGCCUCGCUGGUUCCGAGCUCCUUGAAUCAAAACGUCAGUGACCUAUGCACAUCGUUGGUGGAAGCGUUGGUGCUUAUUUUGCCUGUCCAAC